CAGGUGCAGGGCGCAGUCAAAAAGUCGUCGUCGCAACAGCAACAGCACCAGCAGCUACGCAUCAAGAUGAGCACCCUGAGCAGGCCCAAAUCGCCGCGGACGCCCACUUCCGGCAAAAACUUCGACAAGGAGGAAAGCUUCUGGGACAAGAUCGGCACGCUCGGCCGCAAGAAGCGCAUCAAGGAGGUUCAAGAAGUCCAACAAGAGGGCAAAAUCGCCAUCGAUUCCCCGGGCAGUCCGAACGCACCCGUCAUCCCGCCGGAAGACUACAACCUUGAGGACAACGAGUCCCGCUCGAUCGUGCAGCAGGCUUCGCUCGAACAUCCGCAUUUUCGCGAGCUGCUGCAGGUUCUGAUUGACUGGAUCAACGACGAGCUAGUUGAGGAGCGCAUAAUUGUCACAAACAUCGAAGAGGACCUGUACGAUGGGCAGGUGCUGCAAAAGCUGUUCGAGAAGCUCACCGGCCACAAGCUGAACGUGGCCGAGGUUACGCAGUCCGCCGAGGGCCAGCGGCAGAAGCUGGCGGUCGUGCUUAACGCCGUUAAUCACACUCUGGGCUUCCAUCACAACAUCCCAAAAUGGACCGUCGAGAGCAUUCACACGAAGAACACCGUCUCGAUCUUGCAUCUGCUGGUGGCCCUGGUGCGUCACUUCCGGGCACCGAUUCGCCUUCCGGAGAACGUGUCCGUCACGGUCGUGCUUGCGCAGAAAGUUAACGGAAAGCUCACGAGCCGGUUCCUGAAGGAGCAAAUCACCGAGCAGUACGACGACGUGGGCAUGCGCUGCGAGCGGGACGCCUUCGACACGCUGUUCGAUCACGCUCCGGAAAAGCUGGCCGUAGUCAAGAAAUCGCUAAUCACGUUCGUCAACAAGCAUCUAAACAAGCUGAACUUCGAAGCGGCCGAUCUGGGGUCGGACUUUAAGGACGGAGUGUUUCUCUGCCUGCUGAUGGGACUGCUGGGUGGAUUCUUCGUGCCGCUGCACGAGUUCCACCUGACGCCGAAGGACACCGACCAGAUGGUGCACAACGUGAGCUUCGCGUUCGAACUCAUGAUGGACCAGGGGCUGAAGCCGAAGGCGCGACCGGAAGAUAUUGUCAACAUGGACCUGAAGUCGACGCUGCGCGUGCUGUACACGCUGUUCACAAAGUACCGCAACAUUUCCUGAAUCUCCGGGAACGUGGAAAACCCUGGAAACGCUUUUCACUGCAGCUAUCACUCCAAAUUAAAACGAGCGGUAAAUUGAAUUGGUAUUUUAGCGAAACGUUGAACGCACACAGUUUUGAAACGCAUACGAACAAUCUAGUAUUAAAAAAAAUGAACGUAAUCAAGUGUCUUAACAAACAAUAAUCAAAACGACGAUGCGAACAGUUAGUGGCUUAGCUCUUCCAUUUUAAAAAAUGUCAGUGUUUUUCUGAACCCCCUUUUAGCCUUUCCCCUCACAAACACUAGUUAGUCGUCGAAGAGCAGAAGAGAAAUAUUUACUUAUAUUUAAUGUUAAUCGUUAGUGUCGUAGUAGUUGUUUUAUGCAAUUAACUUAUGAAUGUUUUACAUAACUCAAACAAUAAACGGUAGAAAGUCUAACAAACAAAA